AUGUCUCGCAUCUCGUCAAUGGCGUACAAACGGAUUCAACCGUCGAUUUCUGACGAUUCGAAGCCGCGAUCUCAAUCGAAUUCUCGCCUUUUCGAUCGAAUAUAUCGACGAGGGAAUUCUUGUCUGCAGGCAUUCGAGCAUACGACCUCAUACGACGAAACAAUCAGCGGCUAUAUGCGACGACAAUUUACAAGUAACGGCGAACGCAGUAUCCCACUAAGAUACGGCACAAAUCCCCAUCAAAAGUCCGACGCGGAGCUGUACGCAGUCGAGGAAGAGAUGCCCAUCAAAGUCCUCAAUGGAGCUCCAGGAUAUAUCAACAUUUUGGAUGCGUUGAAUGGUUGGCAACUAGUCCAAGAGCUCUCAGAGGCGACCGGCUUACCUGCUGCUGCUUCAUUCAAGCACGUUUCCCCUGCCGGAGCAGCUAUCGGUCUGCCUCUGAACGAGUCCGAAGCUCAGUCGUGCAUGGUCGCCGAUUUGCCGCUUGACACCAGGAAGCCGUCGUUGGCGGCGGCUUACGCGAGAGCUAGAGGGGCCGACCGCAUGUCCUCUUUUGGCGAUUUCAUUGCAUUGUCGGAAAAGUGCGAUGAACUCACGGCGAAAAUAAUCAACAGGGAGGUCUCCGAUGGUAUCGUCGCUCCCAGCUACGAACCCGCUGCUCUGAGCCUUCUGGCCAAGAAGAAAAACGGCAAUUACUGCGUGUUGAAGGUGAACCCGAACUACGUUCCCACAGAAACCGAGGAGAGAACCGUGUUUGGCCUAAAACUGCGGCAGAAACGCAAUAAUGCCUUGAACAAAGCGGCCACCGAUGAUCUCAUUGUGGCCACAGUCGCUCUCAAGUAUGCUCAAUCGAACACGGUUUGCUUUGCUCACCGAGGACAGGUAAUUGGCAUGGGAGCUGGACAGCAGUCAAGAAUACACUGCACGCGCGCGCCCUGGCUGGUGAAAAAGCUUGCUAAGCUGGUGACU